UACUGUGCACCUACACUUUCCUCCGGUGUAUGUUAUCCGGUGUGUAGAGAAAGAAGGUGCGCUACUGUUGUGAGUAACGAAUUGCAUAGGUGACGACAGCGAACUGACCUUUACGCGAACCGCAUCUUUUGGCAGAUUGCCUCAGGUCCUAAGGAAUUACUAUGGAUGUUGGGGAUAGUCCGAGCAAGUUUGGCAGAGGGAGAUCAUUCUCUCGUAAGUUCAGCGUGAUGGCUGAGCCUGGAAAAGAGGGGCAAUCCGUGCCGUCUGGAUCAUGGAGUGGAAAUUCUAUUGGUGUCUUCACCAGUGGUGGAGAUUCGCAAGGAAUGAAUGCAGCUGUCAGAGCUGUUGUACGCAUGGGCUUUUACCUGGGAUGUAAAGUCUACUUUAUCAAAGAGGGCUACCAAGGAAUGGUGGAUGGCGGGGAGAACAUUGCGGAGGCCACUUGGUCCAGCGUGUCCGGCAUACUGCAGAAGGGCGGCACUGUCAUUGGCAGCGCUCGGUGCAAGGAUUUCCGCGAGCGUCGCGGGAGGCUGAUCGCGGCCAACAACUUGGUUCAGCGUAAAAUCACCAACCUGGUGGUCAUCGGGGGAGACGGAAGCUUGACCGGCGCCAAUUGCUUCCGUCAGGAGUGGCCCAGUCUGCUGGACGAGCUUCUGGGUGAAGGAAAAAUCACAAAAGAACAAAGGGAGGCCAACAAACUUCUGAACAUCGCCGGCCUGGUGGGCUCCAUCGACAACGAUUUCUGCGGCACGGACAUGACCAUCGGCACAGACUCGGCCCUGCAUCGAAUCAUCGAGGCCGUCGACGCCAUCGCCACAACUGCUCUCAGCCAUCAGAGGGCCUUUGUGUUGGAGGUGAUGGGCAGGCACUGCGGCUAUCUGGCUCUGGUGGGUGCCCUGGCCACAGAGGCGGACUGGGUGUUCAUCCCCGAGUGGCCGCCCGAGGGUGACUGGAGGGAGACCCUGUGCAAGAAGCUGGCCGCGGAGAGACAUCUGGGUCAGCGUCUGAACAUCAUCCUUGUGGCUGAAGGAGCCAUCGACAGGGACGGCAAACCCAUCACAGCUGACGACGUGAAGAAGUUGUUGUGCGAUGACAUGAAGAUUGACACGCGUGUAACAGUGCUGGGUCAUGUGCAGCGAGGUGGGAGUCCAUCUGCCUUCGACAGAGUUCUGGGUUCUCGCAUGGGCGCAGAGGCCGUGCUAGCUCUGAUGGACGCCACCCCAGAGACCCCAGCCUGCGUCAUCUCCAUCGAGGGAAACUCCACCGUCCGUGUGCCCCUCAUGGAGUGUGUGGAGAGGACACAAGAAGUCCAAGCUUGCAUGGACAAGAGGUGUUUUGAGGAAGCGGUCAGACUCCGAGGAAAGAGCUUCCAGAACAAUCUGAACGUGUACCGGCUGUUGAGUAAACUGAGGCCACCGUCUCUACAGCACAAGCCGGAGGCUCAUGAGGACAAGAAGAAAAGAUGGGUGCAUGGGCCGGCUCAUCGUGUGCUGGCGGUGAUGAACAUCGGAGCCCCGGCGUGCGGCAUGAAUGCUGCGGUCCGUUCGUUUGUGCGUAUCAGUUUGACCAAAGGCUUCAAGGUCUUGGGAAUCCACGAAAGUUUCGAUGGCAUGGUCAAGGGUGAUGUAGCCUUCAUGAACUGGAGCCAGGUGCAAGGCUGGGCUGGCAAGGGAGGCUCCUUCCUCGGUACAAAGAAGCAGCUGGCUAAUGAUGUGGGUGUUGGCAAAAUUGCUCUGAAGUUCUCUGAAUACAAAAUUGUUGGCAUGAUGAUCGUUGGAGGCUUUGAGGCCUUCCACAGCGCCUACCAGCUGGCGGUGGAGAGAGAGAACUACCCGUCCCUCAACGUGCCCAUCGUGGUGGUGCCAUGCACCAUCAGCAACAACAUCCCCGGCUCCGACUUCUCCCUGGGUGCGGACACCGCCCUCAACGAGAUCACGGAUAUCUGUGACCGCAUCAAGCAGUCAGCCACUGGAACCAAGAGACGUGUCUUUGUGGCGGAGACGAUGGGAGGCUACUGCGGCUAUUUGGCCACCUUGUCCGGCCUGGCUAGCGGCGCUGAUGCAGCGUAUAUCUACGAGGAGAAGUUCAAUGUCCUUGACCUCAAGCAAGACGUGGAGCACUUGAAGGACAAGAUCCAGACGGCUGGCGUGCAGAGAGGAUUGGUGCUCAGGAAUGAGCAGGCAAACCUGAACUACACCACCGACUUCAUCAACCGGCUGUUCUCGGAGGAGGGCUACCCCGUGUUCACCACCCGCAUGAACGUCCUGGGGCACAUGCAGCAGGGAGGCUACCCCUCGCCCUUCGACAGAAACUACGGCACCAAGAUGGCCGCCAAGGGUGUGGAGUGGCUCGCGGAAAUGGUGGAGUUUUACACGGAUGAGAAAGGUCGCGUGUACACCGGUCCUGAGGAGACAGUGGUCCUGCUGGGCAUGAUGAAGAGACACUUGACCUUCAGCCCCGUGGAGGAGUUGGCCAAGAUCACAGAUUUCGAUUUCCUCACCCCUUCCCAUGUCAUCCAACACCAAGCUUAAGGCAAAAGCAAAGAUCUGGGACUUUAGACAUUUUUGCUUUGUUUAGUUCGUUCGAGGAAAACUUAUUGAGUUUUUACUGUGUCCUUCCUAUACUGACUGAGGCCCCCCUCCCCUCUCGUUCACUCCUCAUAGCAUGCGAAGUUGGACUUUGUGUGGAUGUUGUUUCUCCACUUAAUGUAUGUCAUGACUUGUGCAUUUAUUUUUCUUCGCCAUCUCUGGAACUUCUUUUUUGAGUUAUCAUGUCCCUUCCAAACACCCCCACCCCCUCUCCCUAGCAUGUGAUUGGGCCCCUUGCAUUUGUUAUACCCUGUGCCCAUUGGCACGAUUGGUUCGGUUCAGUUUGCGAGCCAGAUUGGAGGCGAAAAGCGGGUGUCCUGGCUCAAACUGAUCGCCCAGCUUUUUUUUUUUUGAGGGUCGGACGAUCGGUUUGCAUUAUAGAACCAAUCCCCAAUGAGCUCUACGUAUUAGACGCCGCUCACCGUGUGCUGCCAAACGCUGGUUGUGUAUCGCAGGCUUUUGGUGGGCCCCUUUUCAUGUCCAGGCAUGCCUCCUUCUGUCUUUUUGCCUGUGUGUACAGUGAACUGUUGCGUCUUGCGGUACGUCUUUGUGUGUGUGUAUGUAAUGUAAGCGUGUGUGUGUGCAUGCGUGUAUAUGACAUAACAAUGCGUGUGUGCUUUCAUGCAUGCAUGCGCACAUUUGUGGAAAGCUCUUGGUCCUUCAUUCAAAUAGUCGAAUAGUCAAGUGACUCUCUCUAUACCUCACAAUACUUCACUAUACCAUGCAGGAAUCUCUAAGUCUAAAGUCCAAAUUUCUAUCGGGUAUCUUUAAGUUGUAAUAUUGCGAUUCUGUGCAGAGAUUACGAUAAUGACCAUGUUGCCUCCUAUCCUUGUAGGCUCAUAGGAAAGGUUAUGUGGUGCGAAGAUCGUCCACUGCGACAGACCAGGUAGGUUUUAGAACACCUACAUGUAGGUUUUUUUACCAGGUUUUCUAUUUCACUGUAUGUGUGAGUCUGUUAUCUCAUGCUUUGCCUAAGGCAAAAGCUUCUAACGAUUCAGUUUUAUCUUGGGGAAAACUUUUUUUUUUUCUAUUAUGCGGGUCUUUUUUUUUCCUAACCUUUUUACAACUUCUAACUGUCGAAACUUUUGUAUAUUGUGGUGAAGGUUCUGAAGCUUUUUAACCAGAUGUUGCUAAAAGAGUUUCCAUUCUGUAUUGUUUCUUGUGUCUAUUGUGAUCAGCGAUUUUAAUAACAAUACAGAAAGAAAAUUAUUUGUAGUAGGUGAGUGAAAAGAACAAAGGUUUUCAACUUACAGAUGAGGGAAAUGAGGUCGAGUACAAAUUUUCCGUUAUGGAAACAGCACGUGCUAUGUGGCGUGUGGCAUGUGCUGCUUGAGUCUCGGGUAAACAUGGUUGUUUAUUGUUUGUCCCGUUCUCCCUCACCCCCACCCUGCAGCUUAGCAUGAGGCUGGACUUGAUACUCUUAAGGGACGUAUAACCGCAGCAUGCACACUCUCGGCAGAUUUGUUUUGCGCUGGUGUUCAUCACAAGCGGCUCAUUAGGAAAAAUAUACAUAUGUAGGGUCAGCUGGGGUAAUAAUGUUAUAAGAUUGUAUAGCAUGUACAGCUUGCUGUUAAGCAGGGAUAUGUGUGCUGUGCUUUUCAUUAUUUAUUAUAUUUUGAGUUUAUUAGGUGUACUUAUGGUAGGUCUAUGAUCAGUCUACACA